ACAUAGACGGCCCUCUAACUUUCAGGUAGGUGAGAGAGUCUGGGUAAAGUCAUCUGAACUAGGUCAGGAAAUGGGGAUCUCACGGAAGUUGAUGCCACAAUGCUUUGGGCCCUUGGAGAUCUUGGACAUUGUAGGGGAUCAACCGGAUGGGCCAUCAUACGUAAUUCGUAUUCCUCCCCCCUUACGUACGUACCCUGUUUUCCAUGCUUCCAAGUUGGCAACUUUCGCUGCUACAGAGCAGUUUCCUUCAAGAAGAUCAAUGCUGCCCCCAACCAUGGAUGGCAAGGUGGACAUCGAUCAGAUCGUGGAGCAUCGAAUGAUGCCUGUUCCUCGACCAUCAGGCAGAGGGCGCCCUCCUAAACCGAGAAUGCAGUAUCGUGUGAGCUUCAGACAUCAUCUCGAUCCCAAGGAAGACCGCGCCUAUGCCCUAUUGGCUGGCGUCCGUGGUCACGACAAAGGGCUGAUCAGGAUCAGGAAGUUUGAGAACCUCAUAGGAAGGUCUAAGGGUGCAGGGGAUGGAGGUGGUGGAGCUCCUGUUGUUAAGGUGAAGCCUUGUACUUCAUUCUUCAACCUUUUUGCGCCCAGUACAAGAUUUUCGCAACAGGAAAAGAAGUUGGCAGAUCUGGGCUUGAGUGAUGAAGAUGAGGAUCCUGCUGUUGCAGAUAUGGACGGCUUGGAGCUGGAUGAGGCAAUAUCACAAGUCUCGGAAGAGCAGGUGGACGUAAUGACUGCGUUAUGGAACGAGGUGUGUCUGAGAGACAAGCCACGUACACAGGCCCCUCUUGGGCUUCUCAAGCCCCUUCCGAUUCCGGAAAGGCCCGGUGAGAGCCUGUCUAUGGAUUUCAUGGACACGCUGGUCACCAGCAAGAGUGGAAUGAGAUAUAUCUGUGUCAUUGUCGAUAGGUUUAGUAAGUAUGCUAGAUUAGUUGCAAUGCCUGCUACAGCUAAGACCGCGUAUGUGAUCAAGCUAUUCAAAGAGAACUGGGUCAGAGACUUUGGGCUUCCAAAGUCUAUUGUGAGGGACAGGGAUGUCAGAUUCACCAGUGAUUUGUGGAAGGCUGCGGCUGCAGAACAGGGAACACAGCUGCAGAUGACUUUUGGGAACCACCUAGAGGCAGUAGAACAGAUGCAUAAGGCACAGGCGACAAUGAUAGAGUCUGAGAACAAACACCGCCGCCCAUCUACAUUUCAGGUAGGGGACAGAGUCUGGGKAAAGUCCUCAGAACUGGGACAGGUGCACGGGAUCUCCCGCAAGCUCAUGCCACAGUACUUCGGACCAUGGGAGGUUAUGGAUGUUGUUGGGGGAGAGACAGAUGGGCCAUCUUAUGUAAUCCAGAUCCCUGGUCAUCUUCGCACUUACCCUGUCUUUCAUGCCUCCAAACUCGCACCUUUCGAGGAAACUGAUCAGUUUCCCUCUCGUCGCUCAAUGCUGUCCCCAACCACGGAUGGAGAGGUCGACAUCGAUGACUGCGUGGACCACAGGGAAAUGCCAGUUCCAAGACCAACAGGCAGGGGACGUCCUCCUAAGCCGAAGCUGCAGUAUCGCGUUCGGUUCAGACAUCACACUGAUCCUAAGGAGGACAGAUGGUUUACCAGGGAGGAACUGAUGCAGACCGCUCCACAUGUUGUCACUCACUAUGAGAAUCACUGCAGAAAGGAAACCGCCAGAUUGAGUAAUGGUACUUCUCAGAGGACUGUCGAAGUAUGGAGGAGGGAAUACGAGGCUCAAGGCCUCGAUACGCCCUACUUGGCCCUAUUUUCAGUAUACGCUCACGCGCUCACGGGCGAGCUGGAUGAGCAGGCAGCCAUAGCCGAGCUGCGCUGCUGUAUGCUGGAUGGGGCACAUGGUGGUCCUUGGGUGCACGUGGCAUCUGUGAGUGGGGGAUCGAGGUUGAAUCAGUUGGUUGGCGAGGCAAACAUCAAUAUACACAACUUCCCCUCGUUUAGCAAGAAGGCCCUAGACCUGGAUGCAAAGAUAGGGCAUGGGCACCAACCUACGACGGAUGGAAGGAAGAAAGCACUGCCUCCUAACUGGAAGGCAAAGGGUCGCAUUAUGUUCGUCGACAACGAUGGUUCUACCAUCGAAUUAGAUGACGACUUCCAGGAGGGAGUAGGUAUAGAGGUGGGCAGCGUAGAGGCUUCAGGGGGUGGACCAGUCGCUGCCUCAGUGCAAAAAGGCAAGGCGACUGGUAGACGUCAGAGUCAACUUGACCACAAUGCUCCUCCAUGGGAGAAAGCGGGUCUCACAGAGGACGUGUGGAGAGACCGGUACACCAGACAGGCCUGUAUUCGUUGUGGUCAAUAUGGCCAUAACCAGUUCAAGUGCCGCAAUAGGAAGGUGACGGAAAAAAUUCCGCCUACAAUGGGGCAGACGUUGGGAUCCUCCGCUCCCAUAGAGUGCCGCAAUAGGAAGGUGACGGAAAAGAUUCCGUCUACAAUGGGGCAGACGUUGGGAUCCUCCGCUCCCAUAGGUAGCAAUGUUGCCAGUAGUUCUGGAACUGCUUCGGGAAACACGUCGGGCCAGUUGGAAUAUAUGAGCCCAUACACCUCUGAGCAGCAAGAGAAAAUGGCCGCCUUAGUCAGAGAGAACAAGGAGAGGAAGGAGCUCGAGAAGCAGGCGAAGCUCAAGGCUAUUACAGAGGAGCAGGCGGCGAAGAUGAAGAGAUUGGAGGAGGAGAUGAAGAGGAUUCGGCAGGAGGAGGAAGAAAGAAGAAAAGUUGCUGAAGCAGAAGUAGCAGCAGAAGAAGAAAAAGAGAGAAUGAGGAUUGAGAGUGGAGAAGGGAGCAGAGGCACGAUGAACAGGGAUGCAGAUGUAGAAAUGGAGAAAAGGAUAAGUGAAUGGGUAGCUAAUUUAUCUUUGGGAGAAGACGAGGAGGCAGAGUCUUAUGUGACUCAAGAUGAGAGGGAUGCGCUAGCCAGCGAGCUAGCAGCGAUGAAGGACCCUAUGGAACGGCGAGAAAGGGAGGAGGAACAAAAGUUGGCUUGGAAACUGAGGAUGAAGAGGGAGAAAAAGAGGAGGAGAGAAGAAGUCAACAAGCUGACCGCAGAGGUGGCGAAGGUGCAAGAGUGUAGGAAAGAAGUGUUGGCCCAGCCAGAUGAUAAGGCCAAAUGGGACAAGGUAUUGGGUUACCUGGAGGUGUUGAGCACAACAUGGAUGGAGGAGCGCCAAGCUAGUUGGAGUCAGGAGGUAGCCUUGAGUGCCAUGCGGUCGGGAUUUAGGGACUGCGCGCGUGAUAUCGUCACCCACAUUGGGGGCGAAGUCAAGCAACUGAGGGACAACGUGGGGAAGUUUUGCGAAGGCGCCAUUGAAGGUGCCAAAGCAAUAGCCGCUGUACAGGGCGAGGUCAGACCCCGUAAAGAGCCUGUAAAGCUCAAGUUCCCAGACGCAUACUGGGGGAAGAAGGAGGAGAACUUUGGCAACUGGGAGGCCAGUGUUAAUAGUUACAUAUAUCUAGAGCACAUCCUGUCAGAGGAACAAGUCCUCGUGGCCUUCCAGGCCCUCAAGGAUGAGGCGACUAGUUUUGCUACGUGUAGACAACACCUUGGCACAUUGCUGUCUCAGUGCUCCCGCGUUCUAGUGAAGAAGGAGCGAUUAGAGGAACAAGUCUUUGUAGUCUAUGUUAGACCUGCCACUGAGGCUAAGGAAGAGGUGACUUCCACAGAUCCAACCAUUGCCAAGCUGCUGGAGGAGUUUAAAGACUUGCUCGAGUCGCCGACAGGAGUAGUGCCGCGACCCAUCCAGCACAGGAUAGAGAUAGAGCGUGGCAGUAGAACUCCUAAGGGAGCAGUUUACAGGAUGUCCCCUAGAGAGUUAGAGGAGUUGCGCAAGCAGUUAGACGAGCUCCUUGAGAAAAGUUGGAUCAGGCCCAGUUCGUCGCCUUUUGGAGCAUCAGUUUUAUUUGUCCCCCAAAAGGAAGGAGAGCUUCAUAUGUGUAUAGACUAUAGGGGUUUAAAUGCGAUCACUGUGAAGAAUGUUGAGCCGCUGCCCAGGAUAGACGAUCUUUUAGAUCGGGUGGAGGGUUGUAAGUAUUUUUCAAAGAUAGAUCUGAAGUCCGGAUACCAUCAAAUAGAGGUCCAUCCUGAUGACCAGUACAAGACAGCAUUCCGGACUCGUUAUGGGCACUAUGAGUUUAUAGUGAUGCCCUUUGGACCGACCAACGUGCCAACCACCUUUCAGCAUUGUAUGAACGAUCUGUUCAGACCAUGGUUAGACAAGUUUGUAGUAGUCUAUUUAGAUGAUAUAUUAGUUUUCAGUAGGACCCUCCAGGAGCACCAGGGUCAUCUGAGGCAGGUCUUGGAGAAGCUACGAGAGGCUAACUUCAAGAUCAACGCAAAGAAGUGCGAGUGGGCCAAGACACAAGUCCUGUACUUGGGCCACGUGUUGGACGGAGAUGGCAUUAAGCCAGAGGACAGUAAGAUAGUGGCGAUUAGAGAUUGGUCGACGCCCCGCACAUUGACAAAGUUGCGGUCGUUCCUAGGCUUAGCUAACUACUAUAGGAAGUUCGUGAGGAACUUCUCCACUAUCGCCGCUCCCCUGCGCAGGUUGCUUAAGAAAGAAGCAAUCUGGCAAUGGGACAAAGACUGUAUGUCUGCGCUCAAGAAGUUGAAGCGCGCGUUAAUAGAGUACCCUGUCCUCAAAGUACCAGACCCGUCCUUGCCAUUUGUCGUCACCACAGACGCAAGUCAGUAUGGAAUAGGUGCCGUGUUGCAGCAAGACGACGGCAAUGGCUAUAGACCCGUAGAGUUCAUGUCAGCGAGGAUGCCCUCUGAGAAGGUCGCUACCUCGACGUACGAGAGAGAACUUUACGCUCUCAGGCAGGCUCUAGACCACUGGAAGCAUUACCUGCUUGGGAGGCACUUCAAAGUGUAUUCUGAUCAUGAGACCCUUAGAUGGUUGAAGACUCGGGCCAAGAUGACACCUAAGUUGACUAGGUGGGCCGCAGAGAUAGACCAGUACGAUUUUGAGCUCAAGCUAGUGAAGGGCAAGUACAACGUAGUUGCGGAUGCUCUGAGUAGGAGAUCAGACUACUUUGGAGCCAUAGUACACUAUCUGGACAUAGGGAGAGACCUGCAGGAGAAAGUGAAGCAAGCGUAUGCGCAGGAUCCGAUCUAUAGCGACCUCCUAAAGAAAGUUAGAGAGGCCCCAGAGACCGAGCCAGAUUACCGCACUAUAGACGGGUUGGUGUUUGAGAAGACCAACGUAUUUGACCGCCUGUGUGUUCCCAACAACGAAGAGAUUCGCAGUCUGAUCCUAGGGGAAUGCCACGAUACUGAGGGACAUUUCGGUUGGCAAAAGACUUUAGCCAACCUGAUGCGUGCGUACACCUGGCCAGGAAUGAAAAACGACUGUAUAGAAUCGGGAUGGAGGGGCUCGGCCAAGGAGAUCCGGAUACGGAAACCGGCAUCCAGAUCGGGAUGGGGGCGGUCCGGAGGUCGGGGUAGGCCACAAAUUCGGGAUGGGGCGAUGGGGGCGAACUUAGAGGGAAAUCGGGAUGGGGGCGAGGAGAUCCGGAUACGGAAAAGGGGUGCGAGAAGCGACGACAUCGGGAUGAAGGGGAAGGGAGGGGGGUCGGCAUCGAGGUCGAGAUGGGGGACGGGAGCGACAAGGUCGGGACGUGGGGAAACCGUCAUCCAGAUCGGGAUGGAGGGGGUCGGCCGAGGAGAUCCGGAUACGGAAAUCGGCAUCCAGAUUGGGAUGGAGGGGGUCGGCUGAGGAGAUCCGGAUAUGGAAACCGGCAUCCAAAUCGG